CGAGUUCCACGCUCCGCCUUCUUGUUCAUCCUGUGUGCUGCAGCUCUACAGAUUGGCAGAAAGAAAUCCUUGUUCUCGGCCUCUUCAUUAAACAGCACUACUCUGUGGGUCACGGAAGGAGCAACAGGUUGCCAGUGAGAGAGUGAAUCCAGCAGUCACAAUGGCAGACAGUGGGAAGACUAAUGAGAGUGGAGCUGCAGCAGUAGAACCAGCUAACGGAGAACAGCAGAAUAUUGUUUCCCGAGUGAGCAACUUGCCCCUGGUCAGUUCAGCUUGUGAGGUGGUAUCCAGCGCCUACAGCAGCACCAAAGACAAUGUGCCCUUGCUGAAGGGGGUGAUGGAUGUAGCAGAGAGUGGGGUCCGAACCCUGGGAGCAGCUGCCACCACUGGGUCCAAGCCUCUUUUGCACAUUAUAGAACCACAGAUUGCCACAAUAAAUGAGUAUGCCAUGAAAGGACUGGAUAAGGUGGAAGAGAAGCUACCCAUUCUUCACCAACCAGCAGACAAGGUGGUGUCGGACACAGUAGGCAUGGUAUACCAGUCGGUGGUGGGGGCUGUGAUGGGUGGUGUCGAGCUGACCCGGACUGCAGUCAGUGGAGGUAUCAGCACUGUCAUGGGCACCAGGAUGGGCCAGAUGGUCAGCAGUGGGAUGGGCCUGGCCCUGAGCCGAUCCGAGGAUUGGGUUGACCAGAACCUACCGCUCACUGAGAGGGAGCUGGCUGCUGUGGCUGAAUCUGCCACCAGUGAGGUGACUACCUUGUCAACCAGCCCCAGCUACUUUGUCCGCUUGGGAAAACUCUCUGCCAAGGUGCAGGAGCGUGCACUGCAGCUGUCCCUGGUCCGUGCACGGCACGCCAGGGAUGCUACCUAUGCUGCAAUGGCUCAGAUUACCAGCACUCUGGACCUGCUAGAGAGUGCCCGUACCAGUCUGGGUACUGCCAGUAACCAGAUAGGAGGUGCCUCCGAGCUGCUGCUACAGCGCUGGACAGAGUGGACACAGAAGCAGGCUGGAGAUGGACAGACUAAGUCAGAGCCAGAUGGGACCAAAGAUGAGUCUGAGCAGCUUGAAUGGCGGGCCCUCUCCAUGCUGCGUGGGCUGAGUGAUCAGCUGCGCUUAGCAUGCUCCAGUGUGGUUUCAAGUGCUCAGGGUCUACCAUGUGUAGUCCAGGACCAGCUGACCAACGCAAGGCGAUCAGCUGAAGAACUGCAGUCUUCUCUGGGAAACACCAGCUCUCUCACACCCCUCCUUCUGGAGCGGAGCCGUCACCACUUGACCCAAGUUCAGCACUCUCUGGAUGGUGUCAUGGAGUAUCUACUAAACAACAAACCCCUUAACUGGCUGGUGGGACCUUUUGCUCCUCAGAUCACUGAGAAAGCAGAAGGCGAUGUGGCGAUGGAGCAGGCUGACCCAAACAACAAGAAGAUUUAGUUUCUUUAUACUGUAGAUGAAUUAUUUAAAAAUAUAUCUGCUUGAUUUAAUGAGAUACUUUACAUUCAUGUAGUUAUAUUUUCUUUAUGAUCCACUACAUUUGUAAUGUACAGGGUAAUUCAGUUAUAACUGAAAUCACUGAAAAAUGUAUUCUGACCAAUUUGAAAAUGAAUCUGUCUGAUGAUAUACUGGUGCUUGAAAAGAGUUCAAAUCAUUCCCUGAACUGAGAGUGCACUGUGCAUUUCAUUUGUUUUUAGAUUUGCACUUCUAAUUUCAGUAUUUUGUGUCUGAACCAUGUUGGGGAUGUAAAAGCUAAUGAACUGUCAGUGAGAUUACAUGUCAAUAAAUGCUGGACCUUG